AUGCCAGUUUUCAAGCGCGUUUUCAGUUUCAGACCAAAACUCACCAGCAAAAGCGAAGAGGGAGACGUUCAUUCUCUUGCUGGUGCAAUAGACAACGCUGACUAUGGCCUGAUUUCAUCAUCUACCACAUCUACGCAAACAGGAACUCCACCGAAGUUGUUUGGAGGCCCUUUAGACGAGUCAGAUCCGUCCAAGGUGCCACAAUUUAUUUUGGACACAAUUGACUACUUGAUGAAACAUGGUUUAGAAACCGAAGGUAUAUUUCGGUUGAGUACCCAUGAGACAAGAAAGGCAGAUCUGAUCAACAAAAUGAAUCAAAGAUACGCAACAGAAAAGGAUCCAUACAGAACUGUCACUUUUCAGUACCCAAAUACUAGUACCGAUGAGAUUGCUUUUGCAUCUGCUGUGCUGAAACAUUACUUUAGAUCGUUGCCUGUACCUCUGAUCGUUCCUCAGUUGUAUGAGACUUUUAUGUCAACUGCUAGGUGUAAAGACUUCAAUCAAGAGAUGAGCGACAUGCUGAGAAAAGCUGUCAGCUUGCUACCUUCCAACAACUUAUUGCUAUUACGAAAGAUUAGCGAAUUGUGCAAUGCUAUUUCAAAGUACAGCUCUUCAAACAGGAUGACUUGUGAAAAUUUAUCUGUUUGUUGGCAACCAAACAUUUUAUACAAUCCUUCUCAUGACUUUAUGGAGCAAAUGAAAAGGACAGGAGAUGCUCAAAAUGUGGUUGCGACACUGUUUACUGACUUUGCAUUAAUUUUCCAGGCCGAAAAACAGAAGCCAAUUUCAAAUUCUAUGCAAAAGAAGUUUUUUCUCGGGCUUGCAUCACAGACCACAGAAGAAGGAAUGGCGGUAUACAACGGAGAAAAGAACGAACGUGGCGAAAAACAUGGUCACGGCCUCUUGAUGUUACCGAAUGGCUCUGUUUAUGAAGGAGAAUUCCUUAACAACAAGUAUUCAAAAGGAAAACUCAUUUUUGUGAAUGGUGACCAAUAUGAGGGUUGUUUCAAAGAUGAUCUUCCGGAUGAUGACAAAGGAGUCUUUCGAUUUUUGAACUCUGACGUUUAUACCGGAACUGUCAGACAAGGAAAAGUGACCGGAUUUGGAGAAUUUAAGUACAAAGACGGAAGCAUUUAUAAAGGCGAAGUGUUAGAUGGGAAAAGGCAUGGAAAAGGUUUGAUCGAGUUCUAUGAUGGGUCUCACAAAGUAAAAUACUAUGAUGGCGAUUGGAAGAACAACAAAUGCGAUGGAAAGGGUACAUUAGUCAACACUCAGAUUCAACAGGUUUAUACUGGGGAGUUCAAAAAUGGCUUUUAUCAUGGGCAAGGCGUUUUGCUUUCCGGUUUGGAGCAAUAUAGAUGUGAGGGGGAGUUUGAAAACGGGCUCAUUAAGAAUGGCUUCGGAUAUUUUACGUCUUUAGAUAACGAGCAUGUAGAAUAUGAGGGAACAUGGAAGGUCAAAUUAUUUACUGGCAAGAUGAGACAAUUUUCGAUACAAACCAAGACAUUGGAAUUCGAAGGUGAAAUGGUGAAUUCUAAAAGACACGGAUUUGGUAAAAUAAUAUACCAGGAUGGUUCAUUUUAUGAAGGAGAGUUUCAGGAGAAUGAAAUGACAGGAAAGGGAACAUUUACUGAACAAGACAGAAGUUAUACAGGCCAAUUUUUGAAAAGUUUAUUCUGUGGAAGAGGAAAGCUUAAGAGCCGUUAUGAAGGAAAAGAAUAUCUAUUUGAAGGAGAGUUCAAGGAGCAUCAGCCUUAUAACGGGAAAGGCUCUGUACUUAUCAGCGCCAAAACCGGUGAUUAUUUGGAGGGAGAGUUCAGGGAUGGCCAAUUUUUUGGGAAAGGGCGCCACACUUUUGAUGAUGGCUCCUACUAUGAAGGAGACAUUCGUAACUCUGUGUGUGAAGGCAAAGGAACAGUCACUUAUCCCGACGGGUCGAAAUAUACAGGCUCAUUUAUGAACGAUGAGAGACAUGGCACAGGAGUGUUGGUUAUGAGGGAUGGAGAUGAUACUCAUAAUAUAAUGGUCUCUAUUAAUCAGGUUUGGGAUAACGGAAAACUUGUUUCCCAAGAAAUACCAGAAUCUCCUUCCACAAUGGAUGAAAAGGAAAUGAUAAUCUUUUCAUAUUUUGAUGCUUUGCAAAAAGAAGAACCCUCAAGAUUUGGUCCCUUGGUUGGUAGUGACCAACGUCAGCACUUGUCAAGUGCACUUUCACGGGUGAAGGAAAAUCCAAAUACCAACAUAAUUUUCGAAAUCAUUUACCAACUUUCAAAGCGAGCCAAACAUUGA